AUGUCUCAUCAAGGCGCUCCGCAGGGUGAGUACGUCGCCAUUCUCGAUGCGGGCUCCCAGUACGGUAAGGUCAUUGACCGCAAGGUGCGUGAGCUCCAUGUGGAGACGGGCAUACUACCUCUCGAUACCCCAGCGGAGAAGCUGCGUAGCGCUGCUAACCUGAAGGGCAUCAUCAUUAGCGGUGGCCCCAGUUCUGUGAACGACGCCACGUCGCUGGCAUAUGACCGGGCGAUCUUUUCCAUGGGCAAGCCGGUGCUCGGCAUCUGCUACGGUAUGCAGAUGCUGACGGAGUUGUAUGGCGGUGAGGUUUGUCGCGGCAAGGUGCGCGAGGACGGUCAGGAUACCAUUCAGGUGGACCUGUCGUCGCCAAUCUUUGCCGGUCUGGAGUCGACCGAGACGGUGCUUCUCACUCACGGCGACUCCGUCACAGCUGUUGGUCCGGAGUUGAAGGUGAUUGCACGCAGCUCCGCUGACAUCAUCGCCGCGGUUCAGCACCGGUCCCUGCCGCUGUUUGGCGUUCAGUUCCAUCCCGAGGUGGAGCUCACGGUGUCUGGCAAGACGAUCUUCAAGAACUUCCUGCAGCUGUGCAGGUGCGACUUCUCCUUUACAAUGGAGGACCGAGAGGCAGUGGCGCUGCGGCUUAUCCGCGAGCGCACCAGCGGUGAUCAGAAGGUCCUCUGCCUGGCUUCUGGCGGUGUCGACAGCACUGUCUGCGCCGUGCUGCUCCUAAAGGCCCUGGGCCCUGAGCGGGUUGUGUGCAUCCACAUCGACCACGGCUUCAUGCGGCUGAGCGAGAGCGUGCAAGUGUUGGAGGCGCUGAAUGUCGCGGGGGUGCGCGUGCAUCUUGUCCAGGCGCAGGAAGACUUUGCACAGGCCUCGACAGAGAUGACAGCAAAGGGGAGUCGCGCGGCGUACACAACCAACAAGUUAUCUGAAGUCACAGACCCGGAGGAGAAGCGCAACAUCAUUGGUAACACGUUCAUGACGGUGUGCGACCGAGUCAUCAAGGAGCUACAGCUGGACGUGGAAAACCUACUGCUCGCACAGGGAACCCUUCGCCCAGAUCUCAUCGAGUCUGGCUCCAAGUACGCCAGUGCCAACGCAGAUGCCAUCAAGACGCACCACAACGACACCGCGGUCGUGCGACUGCUGCGCGAAGCUGGCCGCAUCAUCGAGCCUCUCUGUGACUAUCACAAGGAUGAGGUACGCGAACUUGGGGCACGCCUAGGCAUUCCACGCCACCUCGUAGAGCGUCAGCCCUUCCCAGGGCCUGGACUCGCCAUCCGCACUCUGUGCACCGACGGCACCCCGUUUCGCGACGCCAGCUUUGAGGACACGGAAACCACCGUGAAGCGUGUGUGCAUGGGAGACGACGCAUCCUUCGCCGAGGUCGCCACCCUCGCGCAGAAAGCCGCGCUGUCCGCCUGCAUCCUGCCGGUGCGCACCGUUGGAGUGCAGGGUGACGGACGUACCUACGCCUACGCUGCCGCCCUCUCCAUGCAGACGUUUCCGACGCCCGAGGAGUGGGCCACGCUGAUGCAGCUGGCAAAGGCCAUUCCCAAGAUGGCGCACGCUGUCAACCGCGUGGUUUUCAUGUUCGGUGCUCCGCAGUCUGAGUCGCCCAUCUCCGUCACGCCAACGUAUCUGACGACCGACGUGCUCGACAAACUUCGCGUUGCCGAUGACAAGGUGAACAGCAUUCUCCUGAAGCACCAACUCGUGCGCUCGCUGAGCCAGGUGCCCAUCAUCCUCAUUCCCGUCGGCUUCGACAAGGCCGGCGGCUACAGCGUGGUGGUACGCACAUUUCUGACGAACGACUUCAUGACGGGUACACCCGCAACUCCGGGCUCGGUCUUCAUGCCGCUGACGGUGCUGGAGGAAAUCGUCAGCGAAGUACAGAAGCUCGAGUUUGUUGGCCGGGUUAUGUAUGACCUCACCGCCAAGCCUCCCGGCACCACUGAAUGGGAAUAG